AUGGCACCUUGGUCUAGUCGCCUACUGAAUUCCAGCUCGCGCGUAGAAUCUGGUUCGAGCGUUGCUACCGUCGCUUCAGUGCCAGAAUCGCCAAACAAAAAUCGGGGGAGAGCUAGGGUUACGGAGGCAGAUAUCUUGGAUAAUGCUUAUGGUAUUCCGACUUUAAAUACGGCUGCUCAGCAUGGUCGACCAGGCCCCUCGAGUUCUAAUUCCUCGACUUCGUCGAAACCGACGUCGAGCCAUGGGAGAUCUAUGAGCCAUCCUUUUCCAUCGUUGUUCAGUAGUAAGAAGAAGGCGACUGCGCCGGCGCCGCCUGAUGUUGGAUUUUUUGAUGAUGACGAUAUAUCACCAGAAAAUAAUACGGGGGCUAGGUCUUCGAGGGUGCCAGAUAAGGAUUUCUUGAUGGGAAAGUGUAUGACUUGCAAUGCGAGCGUGAGUUGGCCGAAAGGAGUUCAGACAUUUAGAUGCAAAGUUUGUACGACAGUGAACGAUCUUCAGCCAUACACACCGGCCCCAAUUGAUGGGCGCAAAACGUCUGGCUCUGGUAAAUCUACUACUUAUCCCGGGUUGAACAAACCUCAAGUUUCUAGAGUUGCGCCAUUGUCUGUUGAAAAAACUCGGAGACUUGCUGAAAGAUGUGUAACUACCUACUUGAUCAAUCGACUAAAGCAUGACGAAGCCGAUACCUCGAAUACGUUGUCAAGUUCGCCAAGAUCACCUACAUUUGGAACAACGGAAUUCCCCCAAGAAUAUGAGUACCCCAGGCAUUUCACAAAUCAAACUGGUUCACAAGCAGUUCCAAUCAGACCUCCUCCCCCAGGCUACGGAAACGGAUCCGGGGACCGCCCUAGCAUGGAAAGUGACAAACGGCCAGGCUCACGCUCAAUUCCAUACUCAACUUCAUCCCCGGGAAGCUUUCUUGGUUCGCAUAUGGAAAAACGUGGUCGAAUGGGCUCUGGUACCUACACUAAACCAUUGGCUAUUCAACCACCAAGUAGAAGUCCUCCAGACCCUCCAGGCAAAUUUGACGAAAUUAUGCACGGAAGACAAGAUAAUGUGGCCAAAAAUCUCUUCAGGCCUUUGGAAGAAUAUAUUAUAGCAUCAUUUAGCCAAUUUGAUUGUAUCAAUACUUCAUUCAGUACUACUCGUCAAAAUCCCAAUCCCAGGGCAGGAAGUCAGAGCAAUUUAAAGAAUUUUAUGGCCACUAUCCCGGACGAGAACGAUCCACAAUCAGAAACUUCUUUGGAAGAACUCGAUCCCAGAAUGUUAAUGCUGGGAGAUAUAGCAGAGAAUGGUUCUUGGUGGACCGGAAAUCAGAAAGAAAUACCCGAGAAGAGCCGUUCUCAGAGGUCUGGAGACUCAAUACGUACGAAUCCUCACUGUGAUCUAACUACAGUUAAAUCGCCGCGUAUCGACUGGCCUGACCUCAAUGAAUGGUAUCACGUCGUGUCGAAUCCCGGAAGAAUUUGGCAUCGCAAACUGGAGGAAUUGAUAUCACGUCGAUCCAGCCCAGUCGUGCAAGCACCCGCUGCUGCAGAGCUUGCCGAGAUUGAGGAAACAAUCACCGAGGCCCAAUCACAUCUUCAAAGGACGGUAUUGAAAGCUACGGAGGGACUAUUGAAACGUCCGGGACGUCCUCUGAAAGAACCUGAUGAUCUUCGAUUUCUUUUAAUUAUCCUAGCCAAUCCCCUUCUGUACCCGGGAAAUGGUACGCCUUCGAGAAAUGCAGGAUCAAGAGUGCUAUCGAAUGAGCAGAGGCCUGAAGCUAAUGAACUCAAUGUCCCCAAAACUAGAGGACAGCCGCCUUCUUCUAGGCCACCGCUGAAUGCAGCAAAAGGUGCCUCUGGUCAACAUUCGGGGAUCAUCAAACGCAUUGUGGGAUUACUUUCAAAUACUCCGAAUGAAUGUCAUCAUCAUAUAGUUUCAUGGUUCGCUAGGUAUCCGGAAGGUCACUUUCAGCGAACCACAGAAUUGGUUGGCAGCUUUGUCACUUACAGGCUUACCAGGCAGCAUGGGAAGCCUCGCGAGGUUGACAAACCUGAUCUUACUUCUGGCUUGGUUCCCCAGAUUAGUACCAGUGGAUCCCAUAAUAAUGUAGCAGCUUUUCAUGCAGCCCUUCAAGCUGGACAAAGUACCAAUAAGAAAAAGGACACGAAGCCGAAACCUGUUGUAUACAGUGAUGAUUGGCAGAUCAGGGCAGCUGCUAGGGUGAUGGCACUUCUCUUCUCGGCUAAUAAUAGUGGGUUACACAAGAAAGGGAAACUACUAAGUAGCGUUCAAUCGCCAAGCGAGUAUUUGUCGAAAAGUACGGAACCUAGUAUGGGAACUCCCAUCAGGGCUCUGGCUGCACAUGGACAGAUGCUGCCGACUAGCCACUUUUACAACACCUUACUUGAUUAUUCUGAUCUGGUUGCUGAUUUUGAAGCUUGGGAAAGUAAGCGUAGCAAAUUCGCUUUUUGUCAGUAUCCAUUCUUUCUUAGCAUUUGGGCAAAGAUCCAGAUCAUGGAGCAUGAUGCUCGUCGUCAAAUGGAAGUGAAGGCGAGAGAAGCAUUCUUUAAUAGUAUCAUGACACGUAAGAAUGUCAAUCAAUAUCUUCUUUUGAAAGUCAGACGAGAGUGCUUGGUAGAAGAUAGCUUAAAGGGGGUUAGUGAGGUUGUGGGAACUGGUGGUGAAGAAAUCAAAAAGGGGUUGAGGAUAGAGUUCAAGGGCGAAGAGGGUAUUGAUGCUGGUGGCUUAAGGAAAGAAUGGUUUCUUCUGCUUGUAAGAGACGUGUUCAACCCUGAUCAUGGCAUGUUCUCGUACGAUGAGGACUCUCAUUUCUGCUACUUCAACCCUAAUAGCUUUGAGACGACCGAUCAGUACUUCCUUGUCGGGGUAGUACUCGGUUUGGCCAUCUAUAAUUCAACAAUUCUCGAUGUGGCGCUACCUCCUUUCGCUUUCCGAAAAUUGCUCGCUGCGGCUCCGGCUGCAGCUCCCGGUGCAACAUCACAUGCGAAACCCUCUAUGACAUAUUCUCUUGAAGAUCUAGCCGAAUUUCGACCAUCUCUAGCGCAUGGUCUGAGGCAACUGCUCGAGUUUGAUGGAGAUGUCGAGACAACGUUCUGUCGGGAUUUUGUAGCAGAUGUCGAUCGAUAUGGACAAACAAUACAGGUGCCCCUUUGCCCUGACGGCGACAAGAAACCUGUGACAAACUCUAACCGAAGAGAAUUUGUAGAUCUUUAUGUCCGGUACCUUUUAGAUAAUGCCGUAGCUCGACAAUUCGAGCCCUUCAAACGUGGAUUCUUUACCGUCUGUGGAGGAAACGCAUUAUCACUCUUCCGGCCCGAAGAAAUUGAACUUUUGAUCAGAGGUUCCGACGAGCCCCUAGAUAUUACUUCUCUCCGCGCAGUGUCCGUGUGUGAAAAUUGGGGCGCACCAAAUGCUGCAGAACGCGAACCAGUGAUCCAGUGGUUUUGGGAAUCCUUCCAGAAAGCAGAUCCAAAGGAUCAAAGAAAACUUUUGAGCUUUAUUACAGGCAGUUCUUGUAUUCCUGCCAUGGGCGCAACGAGUUUGGUUAUUAAGUUGAGUUGUUUGGGAGAUGAUAGCGAAAGGUUCCCCGUGGCGAGGACGUGUUUUAACAUGUUGAGCUUGUGGAGAUAUGCGUCUAGAGAGAAGCUGGAAGGGAGACUUUGGAGAGCGGUACAUGAGAGUGAGGGUUUUGGGCUGAAGUAA